GCGCAGUUAUAUAAAAUUAAAAAUCGUAUAAUACUAAUAUUUACGCGAAGUUUCCUGCUCAUUAAUUUACAUAUUUUGUAAUAACACAGUGUUUUCUCUUAUUGCUGUACAGUUUCCGUAAUAACAACGUUUCAAUUAAGAAUAUAAAUCUUCAGAGGAUGUAAACUUUUAACUGUACAGUUGGAUACAAAAUCUUCUGAUCUUUGUGAGAUUCUAUGCACGCUUACAUGGAAAGAAAUCCAAGUACGUGAAAUAUACAUUUUACAGGAUGUACGGUAUUACGCAUGUGCAUUGAGGUAUUUUACGGACGUCACCAACAGGUCAGAAAAGCGGUAGUCGACAACCGGCUAUUUUACUUCGAAGUACUGCCAAAUUCAUAUUUUAUUAUCAAUAGUACAGCAAUAAUGGAGGAAAUAUUAUUAAAGUUACUCGUAGCUGAUAACGCAACGAUUCAAGAGGGAACAACGGAACUUAGAGAAGCUUUUAAAAAGCCAGAAAGUACAUUGGCAUUAUGUCGACUUAUUGUUUCUUCGACAAAUUCACAGAUUCGACAAUAUGCUGCUGUAUUACUCAGAAAACGCUAUGGCAAAGGAAAGCACUGGUUAAAACUACCACCGCACAUACAGACUGAAUUUAAAACAAUAAUCCUACAAGCACUGGUAAAUGAACAGGAAAAAUUUGUAAAAAAUGCAGUGGCGCAAUUGAUAGGUGUAAUUGUAAAACAUGAACUACCUAAUAAUGGAUGGCCAGAAGUGUUACAGUUUGUACAGCAAUUAGUUACUAGUGAAAACUUAAACGAGAAGGAGUUGGGAACCUAUACUUUGUCAAUUAUGACAGAAAUUGCACCUGAUGCAUAUGUUACUCAUGCUGGCUCCCUCGCAGUUCUUUUGGGGCAAACAUUAAGCAGUUUACAAGAUUUAGGACAUCCUGUUGCAUAUUAUAUUUUAAAAAUAAUGCAGAACUUUGUUCCUUUGGUUGAAGGUAAUCAAAUGAUGGUAAAUGCUUAUCAUCAAAUGAUACCACUGGUAAUGAAUACAAUUCAAGCACUUACCACUAGUAAUGAAGAUAAAGCUAUUGAAUGCUUUGAACUGUUAGAUGAACUGUGCGAGAAUGCAGUGACUGUAAUAGCACCUCAUGUAAAACCUCUUGUCACUAUGUGUCUUGCUAUUGCUAGUAAUAAAUCAUUAGAUGAUGCUCUUAGAGUUAAAGCAGUAGGCUUUAUUGGUUGGUUAGCCAGGACGAAAAAGAAAGCUAUAAUCAAACAUAAACUUGUUGAACCAAUUCUAGAAUUAUUGUUCAAUCUUAUGUCUAUACGACCUGAGGACGAUAACGACGAAGUCUACUUUAGUGGUGAUAAUGAAGACAAUACACCUGUAACCUGUGCUACUCAAACCUUAGAUUUACUUGCUCUCAAUUUACCGCCAGAGAAAUUAAUUCCUCAACUGUUGCAAUAUAUUGAGCCUAGUCUUCAAGGUACGGACGUAUAUGCAAAGAAAGCAUCAUAUCUAGCAAUGGCAGUGUUAGCAGAAGGCUGUUCCGAAUAUAUCCGAACAAAAUACCUUGAAUCUUUCUUACGUUGUAUCUGUCAAGGAAUUACCGAUACCAUUCCCGUGGUACGCAACGCUGCACUUUUUGCUCUCGGACAGUUUUCUGAACAUUUACAACCUGACAUUUCCCAAUAUUCGUCUGAAUUGUUGCCAGUAUUAUUUGAAUACCUUGGUCAAAUAUGUGCUCAUAUCAGGCAAGAAAAGAAAGAGCCACCUUCAGUCGAUCGUAUGUUUUAUGCACUGGAAAAAUUCUGUGAAAACUUGAACGAAAGUCUUUUGCCGUAUCUACCAACAUUGAUGGAAAGGCUUUUCGAACUUCUAAAUGCAGAUACACCAGUUCAUAUCGGAGAACUUUCUUUGAGUGCUAUUGGUUCGGCUGCCAUGGCAAGUAAAGAGCACAUGUUACCGUAUUUCGAGAAAGUCAUUGUUAUUCUUGAUAGUUAUCUUACGGAGAAACAAUCGGAAGAAACCAUGUGUCUUCAAGUACAAGCAGUUGAUACUCUUGGAGUAAUUGCAAGAACAAUAGGUGACAAAAAUUUUGCACCUCUGGCUGGUAGGUCUCUUAACUUCGGAAUGGAAUUAUUGAAAGAAACCGAAGAUCCAGAUUUGAAAAAAUCUAUUUAUGGAUUGUUCGCCUCAAUUAGUACUAUAAUGAAGAAAGAUAUGGCAGCAGCUCUUCCAGAAAUCAUUGAUUACAUGAUAACGAGCAUACAGAGUUCAGAAGGCAUAGUACCUCAUCUUAAAGAGGAUGAAACAUCAGCGUUUCCGGUUUAUGAAGAUAUUAGCGAUAACGAAAAUGAAAACGACGAAGAAGAUAUUGAAAAUACGGACAACGAAGAUGAUUAUGACGAUGACGACGUUGCGGGAUAUAGCGUUGAAAAUGCAUAUAUCGAGGAGAAAGAGGAAGCAAUUUUGGCGUUAAAGGAAAUUGCUGAGCAUACAGGGGAAGCAUUUCUUCCAUACCUCGAAAAAUCUUUCGAAGAAACUUACAAAUUAAUUAAUUAUCCACAAGAAGAUAUUCGCAAAGCUGCUAUCGACGCACUUUUACAAUUUUGCAUUAACUUCUCCAAGAUUAAUACCAAUGAAGGAAAGCAAGCUUUAUUGAAAGCUCUCUCUGUAUUUAUUCCAAGAUUGUCAGAAUUAAUAAGAUUAGGCGAUGAACGAACAGUAGCUAUUAGUGCUUUAGAUGCUUAUACGGAACUCCUCAAAGAGAUAAAAUCGGAUGUUCUUGUUGGGGAAGGUCAUAAUGAUGCUAUAAUAAAUUGUAUUACAGAUGUUAUGUCAGGUAUGACAGUAUGCCAAGACUUAGAGGAAGCAGAAGACGUAGAUACAGAAGCUGAACAAGAUGAAUUAUUGAUUGAAUGUGCCGGUGAUGUUUUAUCUAAUUUUGGAAAAGUAAUCGCUCCAGAAGAUUUCGCAAUUCAUUUCCAAGUUGUAUUGCCAUGGCUUUUAGAUAGACUGAAAAAAAAUAAAUCUGAAGCCCAAAGAUCUUUUGUAGUUGGUACAAUUUCAGAAUGUUUCUCAGGGCUUAAACAUACAGUAGCCGCGUUCAUACCUGAUUUAUUAACUACAUUCUUGGCGCUCACAAAUGACCCAAGUGCUGAAGUUCGUAAUAAUGCAAUCUAUGGAAUUGGUGAACUUGCACUGCAUGGAAAAGAAGCAGUGUAUUCACAUUACCCAGAUAUUUUACAAGUUUUAUCAAGCGCGAUCGCUAAGGAGUCCCACGCAGGAGCUCGUGAUAACGUGGUCGGUGCAAUUGCACGACUUAUCAUUGCUAAUUACUCUAAUAUACCUCUUGAGCAAGUAUUUCCAGUGUUUGUUAAUCAGUUGCCGUUAAAGGAAGAUUUUGAAGAAAACAAAGCAGUUUUUAGAAGCAUAUUGACUUUGUAUCAAGCUGGACAUUCUAUCUUACAAGCUCACAUGUGCGUAUUGCUGAAGGUAGCGGUUAGUGUAUUGCAUGAAGAGAAAGCUACUGACGAUGAGGCAAAAAGCUUUGUUAUGGAAUUCAUCAAAUCCGCCCAGCGAGAUUUUCCAAAUGAAUGGAAUUCUAUGUACGCUGAGCUCCCAGUAGAAAUUGCAACGAACGUUCAGCGUCUAUUUUGUUAGAUCUCAAGUGGAAAUAAAAAGCAGUCAGUUAUUAUUGUUUUGCAGACUCAUAAGUGAAGAUAUUGUUAUCUCGAAGGAAAUGAUCAACGAAUUGUGUCUGAUAAUGUUAAGUUACAUAACAAAUUUUCAUUAUUAGUUAUUAGAAAUGUGCGCGUAAUCUAAUGUGUCGGGUUAGAUCGGAAAAAGUCGGAUCAACUCGGAUAAAGACGAGAUAUACGUCCUUAGGUAAAUCGAUUAGAUUCGGGUAAAAUCCAAAGAAAUCGGGCCGGCCCGAAUUUCGAAUCAAAUGAAAUGGAUAUUGCGAGAAUUCUAAGGACACGCGGGCGAAUUUUUAAAUUUACUCGAGAUAUUAGUCACUCGCACAUUUUUAUUAGUUACAAUGGUUUACAAUUUUAUACGCAUAUGUCCACUAUUUAAAAGUUAUCAUAACGAUGGGAAUUUUGCUCCAUUUAUGCUCAAGAUGUAUAAUAUCAGCCAUUUGAAUAAGUGCAAUUAAUCAAACAAAACAGUGUAUUCCGUUUAAGCCUAUUUUUGGUAUUCGCAUUUCAUAAAACUAUAUACUAACAUAAUUUUGUGGUAGAAAUGCUCGUCUCAUGAGGUGAUACGUAUAAUGAUUGGACAAUCCGUCAAAUUCUAGUCCGUUGAUUAAUUCUCUCUAUUUUUUUAUAACAGGCUUGUAUGAUGUUACAGCAUUUAAAAUGUGGCUUGAGAUAUUUUAGUCAGUACAGCUAGAUGAACGUUGCAAACGAUGGCAACUGAACAUUUCAAAAUUUGUUAGAUAUACGCAUUUGUUACAAUCGUAGGCGUUAAAAGAAUGUUAUAUGGAAGAGCAAACAUUUUGACAUUUAGGUUUUAUGUUUGUUUAUAUCCCAUAAUGUUACAUGUAGCAUAAAGUAUAGCAUGUAUACAUUGAAGAUAAAUGUAAUAUUUGAAAAAUAAAAUUGUUGUACUAUA